GCGGCGGCGGGAGCGGGAGCGGGGCCGGCCAUGGCGGUGUGGACGCGGGCCACCAAAGCGGGGCUGGUGGAGCUGCUGCUGCGGGAGCGCUGGGUGCGCGUGGUGGCCGAGCUGAGCGGCGAGAGCCUGAGCCUGACGGGCGACGCGGCUUCGGCGGCCGAAGCGGAGCCGUGCCCGGGGCUGGCCGCCUUCAACGGCCUGUCCAACGGCGGCGGCGGCGGCGGCGGCGACUCGCUGCCCGGGAGCCCCGGCCGCGGCCUGGCCGGCCCCCCGAGCCCGCCGGCGCCGGCGCUGUCCCCGGCGCUGUCGUCGUCGCCGUCGCCGUCCGCCUCGCCGUCGCGGGCCCCGCCGGCGUGGGAGGCGGGCGCGUCUCCGCCCGUGCGGCGGGUGCGCGUGGUGAAGCAGGAGGCGGGCGGCCUGGGCAUCAGCAUCAAGGGCGGCCGCGAGAACCGCAUGCCCAUCCUCAUCUCCAAGAUCUUCCCGGGGCUGGCGGCCGACCAGAGCCGGGCGCUGCGGCUGGGCGACGCCAUCCUGUCGGUCAACGGCACCGACCUGCGCCAGGCCACCCACGACCAGGCCGUGCAGGCGCUCAAGCGCGCGGGCAAGGAGGUGCUGCUGGAGGUCAAGUUCAUCCGAGAAGUAACACCAUAUAUCAAGAAGCCAUCAUUAGUGUCUGAUCUGCCUUGGGAAGGUUCAGCUCCACAGUCCCCAAGCUUUAGUGGCAGUGAGGACUCAGGUUCUCCAAAACACCAAAAUGGCACCAAGGACAGAAAGGUCAUCCCUCUCAAAAUGUGCUUCGCUGCUAGAAAUCUAAGCAUGCCGGAUCUGGAAAACAGAUUGAUAGAACUCCAUUCUCCUGAUAGCAGGAACACGUUGAUCCUCCGUUGCAAGGAUACAGCCACUGCUCACUCCUGGUUCGUAGCUAUCCACACCAACAUAAUGGCUCUCCUCCCACAGGUGUUGGCUGAACUCAAUGCCAUGCUUGGUGCAACCAGUGCCACAGGAGGCAGCAAGGAGGUCAAACACAUUGCCUGGCUGGCAGAACAGGCAAAGCUAGAUGGUGGAAGGCAGCAGUGGAGACCAGUUCUCAUGGCUGUGACUGAGAAGGACUUGCUGCUUUAUGACUGUAUGCCAUGGACAAGGGAUGCCUGGGCAUCACCGUGUCAUAGCUACCCUCUUGUUGCCACAAGAUUGGUUCAUUCUGGCUCUGGAUGUCGCUCCCCAUCCCUUGGAUCUGACCUGACGUUUGCCACCAGGACAGGUUCCCGGCAGGGUAUUGAGAUGCAUCUCUUCAGGGUGGAGACACAUCGGGAUCUGUCAACCUGGACCAGGGUGCUUGUCCAGGGCUGCCAUGCAGCUGCUGAGAUCAUCAAGGAAGUUUCUCUAGGAUGCACGUUAAGUGGCCAAGAAGUAAGACUCACUGUCCACUAUGAAAAUGGAUUUAGUAUCUUCAGGGAAAAUGGUGGCAGCAUACUUUACCGCUACCCCUUUGAAAGGCUGAAAAUGUCUGCUGAUGAUGGCAUCAGAAAUCUGUACCUGGAUUUUGGUGGUCCCGAGGGAGAGCUGACUAUGGACCUGCACUCUUGUCCAAAGCCAAUUGUAUUUGUGCUGCAUACAUUCCUGUCGGCCAAAGUCACUCGCAUGGGACUGCUUGUAUAAGCACAAAGAAUCACAAAAGAGCUUUGAAUGCCUCAAAAAGGAGUUCCACCUCAAAACAAAAAGAAAGAAAAAGAAAGAAAAAAAAAAGCACAAAAAGAAAUCUCUUUGAUCUCUCAUUCAGCUCAGUGCCUUGACAAAGACCUGCAAACCACUGCUGACCCAUGCCCAUGUUUGAGGAAGAGCCUGCCUUUCACAAGCUACCCUGUCUGCAAAUUCUAGGACUGAAAGCUCCAAAACUAGACUGAUCUAGUUUCUUAAAGUGGUUUAUAAGUAAUUUGGCUUAUUUCCUCUGUCCAGAAGGGUGGCUUGUUGCUUUUCUUUUGGGACAUAACCAAAUAUUUAAGAGUUUUCUUUUCCUUCUUCCUGUACUGUUUGUUUCAGGCUUACCCUUGAACUCAUGCUUAGGGUGAUUGUUCUCUGGUGCUAGUUCACAGCAACCCGUGCUUCUUGGUCAUUCCAGGUAGGACUUCUAUUUUCUUGGAGUUUACUGUCCUCACUUGCUCCUUCCAGCUGGAGAAAUCCUUGAAUUGUAUCACCAAAGCAUCCUUCCAUCUGUUCCAGCUCCUGCUCUCUUCUCUGCCUGACCUUCGCUUCCCACCACAGUACAAACUUGGCUUCUCCCAAGUGCUAACUUUAGGACUUAGAAGUUGCAUAUUUUGAUUUGCCUUGCCUUGCACUUCCUUUUAAGUGGUGAUCAAGUUGAAAAGCAAGUUGUAAACCACGACUUUGGGAAAAAAAAGAGGGUUUGUUUUUGGCUUGUGGUCUUUCUGUAUAUACUUCGUUAAGAACCAGGGGAUUGCCACACGAUUUAUUUUAAAAGAAAAUUCCCAUUUUAGCCCAAGCCAUUGUUAUUGCUUACCAAAUGUGCCUUUGGUUAGGGUUAGUGGAGCUUUGUUAGUCACUGUUUGAAUAACUGGAUAUCACUGCCAUUCUCGGGAGAUCAUCUAUCUUAAUUUUGAGGAAUAAUCUGCAAGGUGUGUUCCUCAAGUAUCUCUUUGAGGCAAGUAAAUCCUGGAGAGCAAGCUUAUUUUAGAAUGAACUUUGUGAGUGAACUUAUCUCUUCAGCAAAAGCAUCAUGUUGAGUCUCUUUGGGCAUAAUCCUGGUCCUGACCCAUCUCCUUGUUGGCAGCAGCAUGUCCUGGACAAGCAUCUUUAUUACAAGUGUUGGCAUUAUUUUCUUAGUAAUGUACCCUACAGUGGGCAGCAAAGGGGACCGGAGUGUUUUGCUAAGAGUGUUAGCUGACAUCAUUGGGACAUUAGCAAUUAGAGAACUGGUUUUGUGGUAUUGGAGAUGCAAGCUCAGUUUAUUUUCCUAUUAUGAAGGAGAUAUAUGACUGAAAAUAUUUAAAUUGUACAAGAGUUGUAAAAUAUAAGAUCAGCAAUCUUCAGGUCUGAACCAACAGGGACAAUUGACUCAGAUGUUCUCCACUCUCUGAGAAAGGAAUGGAUUUAUUUACUAGGUUUUUUAGAAGUAUCAUAAGAGAAGGUGUGCACUGAAAAUGACACUCCAAAAAGGCCAGUGCACACCAGGAGGUAUUUGGUUUGAGUGCAGAUGUCCAUUAAAGAUGGGACUUACAAAAAAGUAGAUACCUGGGGCCGGAGAGAUAACACAGCAGUAGGGUGUUUUCCUUGCACACAGCCAACCCAGAACUGACGGUGGUUCAAUUCCCCAGCAUCCUUUAUGGUCCCAUAUGGAACCUGCCAGGAGCGACUUCUGAGCACAGAGCCAUAAGUAACCCCUGAGCGUGGUUGAGUGUGGCCCCAAAACCAAAAAAAAAGAAGACACUUGAACAAGAAUAUUAUAGUUAGACUUAGAAGCCAUACUUUCUCUGCCCAAGAUCAGUCCACCAAUGCACAUGUGGAUGGUAGAACUAACCCAUAUGAAGAGUCUCAGGAGAAGUCUGUUCUUCUCCCAGCUCCAAUCCCCAAGAUGAAUGAUCACUUCACUUAAAACUGGAAGUUGAAAUCAAUAUUGGCUGCGUCUUUCAAGAGCUUUUUAGAAUUUGAGAUUCCAUUAUCUAAUUUUGGUUCCACCUGGGAUAAGUUUGUAAGUCAGGUGUAAAAUAAAUCCCCACACUGUAUUUUUAACCCCCUCGUGAGCUGUCUGAAGUAGGGUUGCCCUGUGAAUUAAUAAACCAAGCCAGGCAUAGGAAAGAGAAUCAUGGAAUCGGUGGCUUCUUGCCGCUAGGGUUCUCAGGGAACCGCCAAACUGUAACUAGUUCAAAUUCAACCGGGAGAGGGAAGGUCGAGUGAGAGACAAAAGUAUCUAGCCAGGUGGACUUUAACAAGUCAAAGGGGUUAAUGAAAAGGAAGUUGGGGAUCACCUUUGUUUUGGGUAAAAGCAGAAUAUAAUCUAACAGUCAGGAAAAAAGUAGCUGGAAUGUAAAAAAAUAUAGCAGAAUUUCAGUGCAUAAGACUAUUCAGACUCUUUGCUCUGAAGUGUUAUUAAUCUGAAAAGCUUAAUGUUGAAUCACAGAAUUUGUCGCAAAGCCAUUUUGGCUGAGGAGUUUUGUGUUAGUGUGAAAGAUUAAGCCACUGAAAUGAUUUUUUAGGGGGAAAUUCUGAGAUGCCCUGAUCAUUAAUUAAUGAAAAA